AUGAGCUCCCACGACUUGACACACACUCUAAUCGAGUCUUUUAAUGCUCUCGCGGAUGAAGUCCAGAAUUUAAUCGACAGAAAAACCAUUUUAGAGCACAAGCUGCGCUACGCUCGGGAACAAUACCAGUAUCUUGCCGACAAAUAUGCCCCAGCCGAGAAGGCUGUCUCGGAGACUCUGGCCAAGCUGCAGCUCCCUCCAGAAAUAAGCCAUCCGGCAUUAGCAAACACAAGCCUUGUACCGCUACCGAGGCGUGGCGACAGGUCCGAUAACGCUCAGAUAGCUCUCUUCAUCCGGGAAGGCAGAAAGGUAGCGAGCAAGCUCUCGGCCAUGACAGACCCGAGCAAGGGCAGUUUUUCAAGUAGCAAAGACGCCGUAUCCACCGGCGCGACCACAAUCUCGGCGGCCAUGUUGGAGCAGGAUUUCACCGUGGAAGGGAAGAAGGGUCAGCUGCAAUGUCCCUUCUCGGCUGCACCAUCCACUGUUGCCAAAGACAAUAAAACUCGGGGUGUUGAGGAUGAGGCUGUCGGCCUGGACCGACCAAAUUCUAGUGGAAACGUCCAGGACCCGACGCCUCACGCAUCUGCCGAUCCCAUCUGCGCCGCCAUGUUAGAAGAAACGACCUCGCAGCAGCCGCCGCCCAGUGCCGGUGCAAACAAGUGUCCGAUCCGUUUUCUGGAUCAGCACUCGACAGAGGAGAUUGCCCAUUACGUAGAGACCCAUAAGCACGAGAUGCCGCGAAGCCACGAGGUCUGCAUCCAGAGGUACCAGCGAAACGAAGAGCAGAUAAGAAAGCUCGACGCAAAGUACGGCAGCCUCGUGGGUAUGAUUGGUGAUCUCAGUCAAUUGCACAAACCAAUGCUGCCAAAUGGGGAAAUGCAAGAGCAUAUCGAUCGUGCCUCGAAUGAAAGAGUAGAGAAUUGGGCCGCCGAAGUCAGCGCCAACCAGCCAGAGGCUCCUCCCGAGCAGUUCGUUGUCUCUCUGGUGAAAGAAGCGACCGCGGACAGGGCCAACGCCGACGACGACGAUCGUGAGAGCCACUUUGACCGGGUUUUGAAGGAAGUCCGCGUGGGCGAGUCACCCUCGCGCCCGUGGGGCAUAUCGGUCCCAAUCAUGGACGACACCACCUUGCAGAACCUCGAGAGUGAGAGGCCCGUCAGCCCGCCGCCCGCACCUGUGCAUAUGCCGCCAGGGGCACCAGGAACGCCGCCGCACCCCAUGACGGCCAGGGCUGGUGCGGGCAAGUGUCCCUUUGACCACAGCAAGCUCAAGGGCGUGAGCCGGGGCGACAUGUCUGGUAUGAUGUCGUCCCCGUGCCCUCCCAGGACCGAUCGAUCAAAUGGACGGGAGAAUGGUCGGCGGUUGUCGGACAGUGUUACUGGGGCAGGCUUUGACUCCCGUGACCAUCCUCGCUCAUCUUCUUCCACAAUACCGCCAAAGCAGGGACACCCAAAGACCGCUCAGGCAUCACGGCAGCAACCCACUUUCAUCAACCCAUCGACGCCUCUUCCCAAGGCAGCGCCUCAGGCCCCUCAGAUGGUUUUCACCGGGCCAGUGUUCAUCGGAUAUCCUAUUGAACAGGCCAUCCAGUUCAUGCAACAUUUUCAAAACGGCGGACAACAAUAA